AUGUCAUACAGUGUCAAAGAUGAACAAGGACGAUUGACUAUGAGUUUCUAUGAUAAUUUUUAUGUCUCUGGUGGUUACGAAAUAGAAAUAGAAACACAAAAGGUUGACUAUAUUCCAACUGAUACAAUCACAAUUGUAGCAAAUGCAAAAAAUUAUCAACCAGAUGACACAUGUGAAUUACUAAUACUAGCACCGUUUAGUCCAGCAAAUGGUCUAGUUAUAUUUGACUGUGAUGGCCAAGUCUCACAACCAAUACAAUUUCAGACAGAAACUGGAAAAAAUUCAACAACUGUUGAAUUUAAAAUAUCAAAAGAUUGGAUACCAAAUUUCACAGUUCACGCUGAAUUAACAGGCUCAAUCCCAAGAGAAACAGAAGUGAUUAAUUCACCACAUCGUCCAGCAAUCGCUACUGGUUCAGUAACAUUAGAAGUAUCAAGAGAUAUUUAUAAGUUGAAUGUUUUGAUUAACACAAAAGAAACUAAUAAAACAUAUACACCAUCAUCAAUUAUUCAUAUAGAUGUCGACGUUACACAACAUGUAGAUAACUCGCAUGUGGACAAUGCAGAAAGGACGAGUGGCAUUAAGGCAUGUUUUCGGCCCAAAAAACUACGACCUAAGACACACAUAUUCGAAAUCAGCAUCAAAUUCUGA